AUGCUAUGUUUCAAGGUUGAAACCGACACCAAACCACAACACCCACAAAGAGUUUUCAGGGAAGGUUCUGGGCACAGCGAGACGCCGAAACCUCCUGAUGAGCGGGCAGCCAAUACAGCUUCUACAAGUACGGUUUCCGCCAAUAUGGCACAUGGUCGAAGCUCGAAUAUCCUUCUCGCUACGGCCGUUGUCCUUAUCGAAGAUGAUACAGGUGCCCGGUAUCCCGCACGCGCAUUGCUUGAUUCUGGGUCAGAAUGCAAUUUUAUGUCAGAAAGAUUGAGUCAACGAUUAAGCAUAAGAAGAGAGAAGGUCGACGUUUCAGUGAUGGGUAUUGGCCAUGCAGCAGCGAAGGCGAGACAGAGAAUACAGGCGACGAUUAAAUCUCGGGUUUCAAUGUUUUGUCGGUCAUUGAGUUUCUUGGUAUUGCCAAGGGUAACGGUUGACCUUCCCACGGUGUCAGUACAGACAGCAGCAUUGGCUAUACCGGAUGGUGUGGAGUUAGCGGAUCCAGAGUUCUUCAAAUCAUCUGUAGUAGAUCUGGUUUUGGGAAUACAGGCCUUCUUCAGUUUCUUCCGCACAGGGAAGGAAAUCACAUUAGGUAACGGUCUCCCACUGCUCACCGAAACAGUAUUUGGGUGGAUCGUAUCUGGAGAGGUGGCUGACACAACUUCGUCUUCAAGAACUAUGUGCAACAUAGCUAUCUCAGAUAAUCUGGAGAAAUUAAUGGCACGGUUUUGGUCCUGCGAGGAAGUAGGAGCCGUCAACAACUAUUCUCCAGAGGAAGCGCGCUGCGAGGAGCAGUUUGGGCGCACGGUCAAAAGGGGAUCAAAUGGUCGAUAUACAGUAGCACUCCCAAAAGACGAAAACCUCCUAUCGAAAUUAGGAGAAUCAAAGGAUAUUGCAUAUAGGCGACUGCUAGGACUAGAACGAAGAUUGGCAAGAGACGAAGACUUAAAGCGGCAGUACACAAAAUUCAUGGCAGAGUAUCUGACAUUGGGCCAUAUGCACAAGUUGGAAAGUGCAGCGAUGGGUGAAGGCAAACGGUGCUACUUACCGCAUCACCCCGUUGUCAAGGAGGGCAGUACAACGACGAAGGUGAGAGUGGUGUUUGAUGCCUCAUGCAAAACAUCAAGUGGAGUCUCGCUCAACGAUGUUCUUCUUGUUGGACCUGUCAUUCAACAAGAUUUACGGACGAUAGUGCUUCGUAGUCGAACCCGGCAAAUAAUGGUGGUAGCAGAUGUUGAAAAAAUGUUCAGGCAGAUCAACAUGAAUCAGGCGGACAUUCCACUACAAUGCAUCCUAUGGCGGUUUGGAUCGGAAGAAGAUGUCGCGAUAUACGAGCUAGCGACGGUGACGUAUGGGACGAAACCGGCGCCUUUUCUGGCGACUCGUACUUUAAAACAAUUGGCCUUAGACGAAGGGCACAAAUUUCCUCGUGCUGCACAGGCGGUCGACGAGGACAUCUAUAUGGAUGACGUUAUCUCCGGCGCAGAUGAUGUCGACACAGCAGUGGAACUGCGCAAACAACUAGCUGCCAUGAUGGCGAGUGGCGGUUUCAAAUUAAGGAAGUGGGCUUCCAACUGUCCCGAUGUUUUGGAUGGCAUUCCGCAGGACUGUUUAGCACUUCCAGACUCCGAAGAAGUUAACUGGGACCAGGAUCAAGCAGUAAAAACGUUAGGUUUAACUUGGUUUCCGAAAACCGAUUGCUUCAAAUACCAGUUUCGAUUACCAAUGCUCGAACCAAAUGAAACGCUAACAAAACGCAAGGUAUUGUCUGCGAUAGCUAUGCUUUUCGACCCCUUAGGUCUUCUAGGGGCGACUAUAAUACUGGCAAAACUGUUCAUGCAACGUUUGUGGUGUCUGCGAGAUGAGGAAGGUAAUCGGUGGGACUGGGAUGUACCACUACCUCGUACGGUGGGGGAGGAAUGGCGUAGCUACUAUGAGCAACUACAAUCUUUAAAUGAGCUAUGCAUUCCACGGUGUGCCAUCAUAUCGAGGGCAGAAAACAUACAACUCCACUGUUUCUCUGAUGCAUCGGAAAAGGCGUAUGGUGCUUGUCUAUACAUACGUAGUGUAGACAACCAGGGUACGGUGUCGAUAAAACUUUUUACGGCCAAAUCAAAGGUGGCCCCGGUCAAGGUUCAAACAUUACCUCGCUUGGAAUUGUGUGGAGCGCUACUAGCAGCACAGUUGGUCGAAAAGGCCACGGAAGCGAUCAAGGGCCCGUAUCAAAUCUACUUCUGGACCGAUUCGACCUGCGUUCUGCGAUGGAUAUCUGCGACACCAACCACUUGGACCACAUUUGUAGCGAAUCGAGUCGCAAAAAUACAGAGGAUCACGGAAAACCACAUAUGGAGGCAUGUGCCAGGCAUAAGCAACCCAGCGGAUCUUAUCUCACGCGGUGUCUGGCCAAAUGCAAUAAAGGAAUGCAGUUUAUGGUGGGAUAGUCCACGAUGGUUGAGGUUGGAGAUGGAUGAUUGGCCAAAACAACAAACACUCUCGUUGGAAGACAUGCAGGAAAAACGGCGGAUGGUUACAACUUGUGUUGCCUCAGGUGAACAAACAUUCAGCGUUUGGUUCAUUUCUAAAUUCUCGUCGUAUACUAAAUUGAUCAGGAGUACAGCUUAUUGGUUACGGCUGAUGACGUCAUUGCGAAGCGUAAAUGAAAGAGGCAAAAAUGGGUUUCUAAGUACAACUGAGCUGCGGCAGGCUGAACUGGUGAUCGUUCGGCAAGUUCAAAGAGAAUCAUUUUCGAAGGAGAGGAAUGCAAUUUCAAAUGGCAACAAUGUUAUUCGAAGUUGGUUUAAUCCGACGAUUACCGAUGAUGGAAUAUUACGGAUUGGUGGGAGAUUAGGUCAAUCGACGGAAUCAUAUCAAGUCCAACAUCCAAUGAUCCUACCCUCUAAACACUCGCUCACUGAUAUGGUCAUGCAGCAUUAUCAUGAGCAACUGCUACAUGCUGGUCCACAGUUGCUACUAGCCACGGUUCGGUUGCGUUUUUGGCCCCUAGGGGGGAGAAAUGCUGCAAGAAAAAUCGUCCACAGAUGUCUACGUUGUUUCCGAGCAAAACCAUCUAUUAUUCAGCAACAAAUGGGAGAGCUGCCUUCGGCAAGAGUUACAGUUUCAAGACCGUUUUCUAGAACUGGAGUGGAUUAUUUUGGGCCUGUGUACAUUCGUGAAGGACGACGACGCGCGGUACUAAAGGCAUAUGUUGCAGUUUUUGUGUGCAUGUGCACCAAGGCAGUCCAUCUUGAACUCGUCACUGACUUGUCCACAGAGCGGUUCUUGCAAGCACUGAGACGAUUCACUGCACGACGGGGUAGAUGCACCGAUAUUUACUCCGAUAACGGAACGAACUUUGUUGGAGCGAGAAACCAAAUCCGAGCAUUGUUUACAUUACUGAAGGAUCAAAAUCACCAGGAAGCAGUCAUAAAAGAAUGUGUCAACCAAGGAAUACACUGGCAUUUCAAUCCACCAGGCGCUCCACACUUUGGAGGCCUAUGGGAGGCGGCAGUUCGGUCUGCGAAAUUUCAUUUGCUACGGGUACUCGGAGGAAAUUCAGUUUCACUUGAGGACUUCUCGACCCUCUUAGUUCAGGUCGAAGGGUGUCUCAAUUCGAGACCACUAACUUCAUUAUCGGAAGAUCCAACUGAUCUGGAGCCACUAACUCCGGCACACUUUUUGACCGGGGGUUCUCUACAGGCGAUACCUGAACCAGAUCACAGCGCGAUACAGAUUAAUCGGCUCAAUAGAUGGCAGAUGGUGCAGCGUCAGCUUCAGGAUUUCUGGAAACGUUGGCGUACCGAAUAUCUUUCCCAGCUGCAAGGGCGCACAAAAAAUUGGAAACCAGCGGUGGAGGUGCAAGUCGGAAAACUUGUGGUGGUGGUAGAUGCAAAUUGUCCACCGUUACGUUGGAAAAUGGGUCGAAUUCACCAGCUGCAUCCAGGACCUGACGGGAUAACUCGUGUGGCGACAGUAAAAACUUCAACGGGCUAUUUGACACGACCAGUUGUCAAACUUUGUUUACUACCAACAGAAGAAAACUGA